AUGAGACUCUCCACCCUUACGGCCAUCCUCUCCUGCGCCGCCGUUGCGAACGCAGCCGCAAUCACCAACGAGACAACACCCGAGCCGACCAUUCCCAAUGUUGUUCAGUCUACCUGGGACGGGAAGUGCUUCUACCCGACACCGGACGCAGCCUUCGACCUGGAGGCCUACCUCGGGCGCUGGUACCAGGUCGCCGGCACCGUUGCGCCCUUCACCGCCGGUUGCAAGUGCAUAUUUGCGCAAUACUCUCUGAAUGACAAUGGCACCGUCAAGGUGAACAACACCUGCGAGGCCGGGGGUCGCGCCAUCAACAUCCUCGGCACCGCUGCGCCCGCCGACCCGUCGUACGGAGCCAAGGGCGUUCUUCGCGUCCAGUUCCCCGGCCAGCCCGGACCCUCCUGCGCCGGCCCCAACUACGUCGUCCAGGACUACACCCCGGACUUUGCGCUCGUGCAGUCCAACAACUUCACGACCCUGUUCGUGCUCAGUCGCCAGCAGAACCCGGAGGAGGCCGUCCUUGAUGCCUGGAUCGCGCGCGCCGGCCAGCUAGGCUCGAACCUCGUCGACGUUGUCAAGACGGACCAGACCGACUGCAAGUUUGCCUGA